UGCGUUAUUACUUUAACUGAUUCUUAUAUUCAAACUUCAUUUUCUUUUCUUUCUCUCAUCUGCAGGUUUUUAUAAAGAGAACUCUCCACAGGAUGAUACAGAAGAUGUGGGCGAGCAGCGCUGGUGUCUGAUCUGUGGCGACAGGGCAUCUGGGCUUCAUUAUGGCAUCAUUUCUUGCGAGGGGUGUAAGGGCUUCUUCAAACGCAGUAUAUGCAACAAACGCAUCUACCGCUGCAACAGAGACAAGAACUGUCAGAUGUCCCGCAAACAACGCAACCGCUGUCAAUACUGCAGACUGCAGAAAUGUCUGCAGAUGGGAAUGAACCGCAAGGCAAUCAGAGAAGAUGGGAUGCCUGGAGGCAGAAACAAAACCAUUGGACCUGUACAGAUCUCGCUGGAGGAGAUUGAGCGAAUCAUGUCCGGCCAGGAGUUUAAAGAAGGUGCUGAACUAUCAGAUACAUGGAGUCACGGCUACAGUAACCACAGUUCACCUGGCAACAGUAUCUCCGAGGGCAGCCAGACCUUAUCUUUCUCUACUCUGUCAACCAGAGAUCAAUGCAGUAGUCCACAACUUUCUCCCUCACACACUUUCCUAUUGUGUAAAUAUCCUUUACUGCCCUCUACUGGCAGUAACCUGACGACACAAUCACAGACCUCAUCGGCCCAACUUCUUGCUGCAGAAGACCUGACACCCCUCGUAACACCCAUGGUCAUAGAGGAGGGGUAUAGCGUGAGUCAAUCUGAGCUGUUGGCUCUCUUGUGUCGUUUAGCCGAUGAGCUUUUAUUCCGACAGAUCGUCUGGAUAAAGCGUUUGCCCUUCUACAGCGAUCUGACCAUCAAAGACUGCACUCGUUUACUGGGGGCCUCAUGGCAUCAGCUCAUCCUCCUCUCAUCCCUGACACUGCACAGUAGACAGAUACUGGGAGAACUGGCCAAUAUCACACACCAGUACACGCCGUCCAGUCUGAUGUUACAGGGGUUCGGUGAGGAUUCAAUGGAAGUUAUGGAGAGUUUAAAUUUCCUCUUCCGUAAGUUUCAUCAACUAAACAUCAGCAACGAGGAAUACAGCUGUUUGAAGACCAUCAUGUUCCUCAACCGGGAUACAGCAGGAUUGUGCAACACACCCGUGCUGGAACAGUUAAGUGAACGCUAUUGGUCGGUGUGUAGGCACCUGACAGAAAGACUCCACCCCCUCCGACACAAACGCUUUAAUGACAUCAUCACGUGUCUCUCGGAGAUCAGACACAUCUCAGGAAAGAUGAUGUCACUUCCUCUGGAGCAGCUUCCAUUGCUCCUGAAGGCGGUACUAUACUCCUGCACAACCAAUCAAAACCUCUGGCUAGCCAACAGAUCAAACUCAAGGACAUAAGCCACGCCUCCAGCCAGUCCAACCUGUGAAUGCCUUUUUGAUUUUUUUUUUCAUUUGUUAUUCGUUUUUCAAUGUAUUUAUUACAUGACAAAGUUGAAUGUAAAACUUCUGAUAGGUACGGUUGGUGCGUGUUCACAAACUUUACCAAAUGUAGCAAUCUACCAAAUAAGACGUCAAGCCUGAAGAGAUCAAAUCCAGCUACCUCAGCAAAAUCACCAUCAAAAGAAAAUUCUUCUUAAAAUAUUAAAGGGGACAUAUCAUGAAAAUCAGACUUUUUCAAUGUUUUAGUGCUAUAAUUGGGUCCCCAGUGUUUCUAUCAACCUAGAAAAUGUGAAAAAGAUCAACCCAGGAACUUAGUUUUGGUAAACCAUUCUCUCCAAGCAUGUGAGAAAAUAGGUCAUUGAAAUAUGGCUCCCCUUGUGAUGUCAGAAGGGGAUAAUACCACCCCUUAAUCUGCACUAUCCAACCACGACACUGCCAUUUAGUGCAGAGAUCAGCUCAUUUGCAUUUUAAAGGGAAACACCACAAUUUUGUAUUAUAUUUUACUAUGUUCUUACCUCAAAUUUGACGAAUUAAAGAUGCAAUUUGUAUUUAUGCGCGACUAGAUGGCGCCAGAUCAAAUCAAUAACAAUGGCGUUGUUUAAUGACGCACUGAAGCAGCGUGGAAUUAUGGGAUUUGUAGUCUUUAACUCAACCACUGAUGGCCAUCAAUCAGACGCGAACGAGAAAUCACGUUGAUGGAUAAGGUAAUCAAGUCUUAUAAAUGUUGCGUUUGAUGACAUCGUUUAUUUCAUUAUGUAAGUUUAUAUGUGAUGUUCAAAACGAAAUUUUUAGUCAUAGAUGUUACACUAUUAGUCCAAAUUCGAUGGUUAACACAGCACAGAAUUAAGUUUUCAACUUACAAUCUACAAUUUUUUUUCACAUAAUGUAUUGACAGUACAAAUCUUAUUUUGAAGCAUCUUAAAAUGACCAUUUAUAUUGCUGUACAAUACCUUUUGAUGUGCAUAUCGUCCGCGGGAAGACGCGCUGAUUACAGUCUACACACUAAUGUUGUGAUCAAUAUAAUAGCAUACGUUUUUUGAAGGGUUACGAAUCAAAACAACUCACCCAUCGCGUAAAACACAAGCAGGAUCAGAAUAUCUAUUAUAUAUCUAUAAUA